AUGAAGUUUUGCUUUCAAUGGAGAAUCCCUCAAACGAAAAUUAGAAGAUAUUCUGAUCCUUCUUCUAAGGAAUAUACGUUAUUUGUUAAAAAUUGGGUUAUGAAAACUUUUGAUAGAACAGGAAAGAUUUAUGGCUCUUGA